AUGUAUGCAGGAUCUACAGAUUACACUGACAGGUUAACUCCCCCACGAGGAGUUGCAGGGCAUCUUCCCAAAAUCUCCCAGGAGUUACGUGUGGAUAUAGACGUGUGUUUAAUAGCAAAAAGCAGCAUUGAUGAUUGGACUAAAACCCAGUGGAGAGAGAUUAAUGUGGAACAGAUGGAUGAGCAGCUCAGAAGGUUUGCCAAGGCAGGUCAGGCUUUUAAUAGCAGAAGACCUUCUCAGGCCUUCUGGGACUCCAGUUUUGUAAAGGGAGAAGAUGAAGUCCAAAGUGUAGCUGUCGAUGCUGUGCAUGACUUGAGUACUGAGAAGAAGCUGUGUCAGGUUGUCCCUGAGCUGGUCUCUGAAAUGAUGUUAACUGCUGAAGGGUUUAUUGACACCUGUCUGUUAGCCAGGAAGUUCAUCACCUCGUAAUCCCUCUGCAGGGAGCUGCUCCCUGAACAGCUGAAGAGCUGUUAUCACUGGGAACUUCAUACUAUCAAUUCAGUUUUGGUAAUUGCAGGGUCCCUGAAACAAGGAGACAAGAACAGACCUGAAGAUUGGGUAAAAUAUGUUUCUGAGUUCAAUUUGCAUAAAAUAGUGACAGAUGAUAUCCCAAUUUUCACAAGCCUGAUCAGUGACCUGUUUCCAGCUCUGGAUGUUCUGAGGACGAGGAACCUACAGUUUGAGCAGAUGGUUAAACAAUCUACCCUGGAGCUGUACUUGCAGCCAGAAGAGAACUUUAUUCUCAAAGAUGCUCAGCUAGAGGAGCAGCCAGCAGUGUGUCCCUCAGUGUUUGUGGUUGGAAUUGCAGGGAACGGAAAGGGCAAGGUAGAUCUUGCCAGUUUGUACAUCAAGACAGGUGCCAAGAACAUGCCCACAGUGUUUUUGCUGACAGAUGCCCAAGUUCCAGAUGAAUGCUUUCUUGUGUUGAUUAAUUACUUGUUGGCAUCAGUUUGUCCUGUGUUCCUGUCCCAUCAGUGCCAUGCUGUGAGCACGAGCUGGGAACUUCCUGGCGCAGUAAACUCCCGUGCUAGUGACCAGCUUCAUGAGUGGCCAUGGGAAGCCUUUCCCUCCAGCGGCAGGAGGUUCACUGAGGAACCUGAGGGGGUUGAGCCACUCAUGCAGGACUCCAUGGUUUAUGCUGAUUUCAUGGCUUCUGCCCACACCAGCGUGAGUGUCCUGAGUGCCAAGUACAAUCAUAACAAGAGGCAGUACAAUUACACCACUCCAAAUAGUUUUCUGGAGCAAAUAAUGCUUUAUAAUAUCCUCCUAGACAAAAAAAGCAAGAGGCUGUCAUGACACAUGGAGCACUUGGUAAAUGGCGUGCAGAAGCUCUCUUCAGAAAUGAGGAAGGUAGAAGAUCUAAAAUCCAAACUUGCUACUCAGGAGGAAGCACUGCAACUGAGAAAUCGAGAUACUGAAGCUUUGAUUGCCAUGAUAGGGUUUCAGACUGAGAAACUGAGCCAAGAAAAGGCCAUUGCAGAUGCAGACGAGCUAAAGUAUGCAUUUAAUGGAGCAACUGCAGCACAAAGCACUCUUGAUACAAAGAUGUCUUAUGGUAUCUUGGGAGAUGUCCAAAAACCUGUUGGAGACAGUCCAUUGAAAACCUCAAAGCACAGAAGAAAAUUUUUAUGUGGUAACAUCUUAUUGACAGCAGCAUUUGUGUCUUGCUUUGGAUCCUUCAUAAAACAAUAUCACCAGGAGGCAAAGGGACUUUUCUGGAUUCCUUCUCUAAAGGUACAAAAAGUGGUAUUGGCUCCUUUUCCUGUGGCGGAGGGCCUGGACCCAAUUGCCACGUUGACAGAUGAUGCUCCGGCUGUGGCGUCGAGUAACGAGGGUGAUAGGCUGUCAGCAGAAAAUGCCACUAUUCUAACAAACUGUGAGUGCUGACCUCUGAUGAUAGAUCCCCAGCAACAGGGAAUUAAAUGGAUAAAGAAUAAAUAUGGAGCUGACCUUAAAGUGGUACAUCUAGGACAGAAAGGACACGUGCUCACCAUUGAAAGAGCUUUAGCUUUUGAUGAGACCGUAUUAAUUGAAAACAUGUGUGACUGUAUUGAUCCCAUACUUGAUCAUCUGCUUGGAAGACAUGCAGUUAAAAAGGGAAGAUGUACCAAGACUGAAGACAAAAAAUGUGAAUUCAACAAGAAUUUUCAUCUCAUCCUUCACACUAAUCUGGCUAACUCUCACUUGAAGCCAGAACUGCCUGUUCAGACCACCUUCAUUAAUUUCACUGUCACCAGGGACAGGCUGGAAGACCAGCUGUUACCUGAGGUUGUUAAUGCUGAAAGGCAAGACUCACAGAAAACAUAAGUCCUCAGCAAGAAACAGAACAGUUUCACCACUGAGCUCAGGCAGCUGGAGGAUGACAGGCUGCUCAGCCUGUCAGCUGCCCACGGCAGUAGUGACAGUGAACUUGUAAAGAAAAUCAAAUCAGCAAAGUCAACUGCAGCAGAAAUACAACACAAGGCAGUAACAAUUGAACUGUUUCUAACAACUUAA